AGAUGGCGCUGUGCUCCGUGCGGAAGGCGCGUGGGUGCUGGAGCUUCAUCCGGGCACUUCACAAAGGACCCGCAGCGACUCCUGCUCCCCAGAAGGACGGUGUGGAGCGUGUGUUCUCUGGCAUCCAGCCGACAGGAAUCCCCCACCUGGGCAAUUACCUUGGAGCCAUUGAGAGCUGGGUGAAGUUGCAGGAGGAGUACAGCACAGUGCUGUACAGCAUCGUUGACCUCCAUUCCAUCACUGUCCCCCAGGACCCUGCCCUCCUCCAGCAGAGCAUACUGGACAUGACUGCGGCUCUUCUUGCCUGUGGCAUAAACCCAGAGAAAAGUAUCCUUUUCCAGCAGUCUCAGGUGCCUGAACACACUCAGUUAAGCUGGAUCCUCACCUGCAUGGUCAGACUGCCCCGGCUGCAGCAUUUACACCAGUGGAAGGCUAAGGCUGCAAGGCAGAAGCAUGAUGGGACAGUGGGCCUGCUCACGUACCCGGUGCUGCAGGCAGCGGACAUUCUGUGCUACAAGUCCACACACGUUCCUGUCGGGGAGGAUCAAGUCCAGCACAUGGAACUUGUCCAGGAUCUAGCUCGGAGUUUCAACCAGAAGUAUGGGGAGUUCUUUCCAUUGCCCAAGUCCAUUCUCACGUCUAUGAAGAAAGUGAAAUCCCUCCGUGACCCCUCUGCCAAAAUGUCAAAAUCGGACCCUGACAAACUGGCCACUGUCGGAAUAACAGACAGCCCAGAGGAGAUCGUGCGGAAAUUCCGGAAGGCUGUGACGGACUUCACAUCAGAGGUCACCUAUGAGCCAGACAGCAGAGCUGGCGUCUCCAACAUGGUGGCGAUCCACGCAGCGGUGUCAGGCCUCUCGGUGGAGGAGGCGGUGCGCAGUGGUGCAGGCAUGGACACUGCGCACUACAAGUUGUUGGUGGCAGAUGCUGUGAUUGAGAAAUUUGCUCCAAUCAGGAGUGAGAUUGAGAAACUGAAAAAAGAUAAGGACCAUUUAAAGAAGAUUUUACUUGUUGGAUCUGCAAAAGCCAAAGAAUUAGCCUACCCUGUGUUCGAGGAGGUGAAGAAAUUGGUGGGGAUCCUGUAGAAUGGCAGCCAGUCACCGCACUCCAGUCAAGACAGCUUUCCUUGGGCAGAUUUUAGUCUGCACACAGUUGGUUUGAUUAUUAGCUUCAUUUGAUGAAGGCUUCCAAUUGAUGCUCCAGUUCCGUCUCAAAUGAUCAGGAGAGCCGAAGCAGACUUGGGUCUACACCCCAGUUAACUGAGGCGCACUUUGGGGUCUGAAGUAUUCCCAGACACUUCACAGCUAACAGGGUCUGAGCUCUGAUGUGUGCCUGUUUAUGCAGGCUUUCCUGUGACAGGUGCACUCUGUCUGUUUCCGAGCCCUUCUCAAAGCUGUGCAUAGAGGCCCUGUGCUGUAAGCCUGAAUCCCCUUUCUAUUUGGAGUUCAUAAAGACAGGUUGAUGCUUACAGCUCUCGUGUCACUGAGAUGUUUGUCCUCCUGUAUUUGAACGACUUAACCUGAGCCAGAAGAUGGCUCAGGCUCAAGGCACCUGCUGCCACGCCUGACAGUCUGAGCUCAGUCCCCAAGACCAGCAUGGUGGAAGGAGAACGCUGGCUGGCAGGUUGUCCUCUGACUUCCAUUUGUACACCAUGGUAUAAGUACACACACACAUCACCACCAACACCAACAACAAAUAAAUAAAAAUAUAAUAAUCUACUUAA